GUGGGUUUGAAUCAUUUUCGUGUACGGACGUAUAAGGGUUAAUAAUCAAUAUUAAAAAAGAGAAAAUCGAAAACCAUCCAAGAUACACGACGGAACGUGGUAAAUAUAUUUAAUAUGUUAAAAAAAAAGGCGGAGAAUGUUGUAUUCAAAUGUGCUGUGCAUCUUUUGGAAGACCUAAAUGUCGUUGAAUAUGAGUAUCUAGAAACUCACAAAGGAAAUUAUAUUAUAGACCAGUUAUGUCACCAGUUAAAGAUAAGGGAAAAAUACUACUUUGGAAUGCGUUAUGUGGAUAGUGGCACACAAAGGCAAUGGUUGGAUUUGGAAAAGCUUAUAACUAAACAGUGUAAAGAUGUCAACCCUUUGAUAUUCUCCUUCCGUGUAAAAUAUUAUCCGGCGGAUCCAUUUCAUUUAAGCACUAAUGCCAGGAUUUUGCUAUUCAAACAACUAAAACGUGACUUAAAUCAUGGGCGACUUUAUUGUUCAAAUGAUGAGUUUAUUACUUUGGGAGCUUUGAUAGUGCAAGAGGAAUUAGGAGACUACGAUGGGAAAUUGCACUCUGCCAAUUACGUUUCAACCUUUCGAGUGUCUAUUCGACAGACCGAUGCAAUCGAAAAAAAAAUUAUGAAUAAAUACAAAGGAAGAAAACCAGGACAAGAGCCAAGUGCUGUUAUAGAUGAGUUCCUAGAAAUAGCACGCAAUCUGGAGGCAUACGGCAUCGAACCACAUUAUGUUAAAGACCAUCAUGGCAACCAACUAUAUAUCGGAGUAAAUUAUAUGGGUAUUAGCGCUUUUAUUUCAGGCAAGCGCUCACAACUCUAUCGUUGGAACGAAAUUCGAAAGUUAAACUUCGAGGGAAGAAUGUUCAUAGUCCACUCCGUCUAUACUAAUGCGAGUAGAGAACUUAAAAAAUAUACGGUGGGAUUUAAAUGUAUAUCAAGUGCUACAUGCAGAUAUCUUUGGAAAUAUGCGGUAGAGCAUAUGCUAUUUUUUACACUUUCUGAUUGCCGGAGUAACUGUAAGAAAUAUGGUGGUGGAAUUUUCUUCGGCGGCACAAAGUUUAAAUAUACUGGCCGUACAGAGCGAGAAAUUUUGAGUGAUGAUAUAUCUACAUCGAAUUUAAUCUUCGAAACCAAUGAGGAUAUGAAAAAAGCGAAUAGUGUACCAACGACUCCAUCUAGUCCAAAAGAAGAUCUGUGCCAUAUCAGUAAAGUAUAUUUAUUUGCCAUAUUUUAUGUACUUCCCACAAAAGCACUAUAGCGUUUUUCGAAUACAAUCAACCCUCAAAAACCACGAUCAAUUUAGCCGUUUUCAUACAAAUUGAUAU